AAAAAAAUAAAAAAUAACACUAACGCACCGCUACGUCACGCGCCAUCUUUAGAGAACCGCGCGCCGAGGACACAUGAACAGUCUUUAAUGCUGUUUAUUUUUCCAUUUACUUUAAUUGUAUUUGCUUAACGUGGACCAGACAUUACAAUGGGCGUGAAGGUGCAGCGUCCUCGCUGCUUCUUUGACAUCGGCAUCAGUAAUGUGCCUGCGGGUCGGGUGGUCAUCGAACUCUUCUCUGAUGUGUGUCCCAAGACUUGUGAAAACUUCCGCUGCUUAUGCACAGGUGAGAAAGGAAUCGGCAUAACCACUCAGAAACCAUUGUACUACAAAGGAUGUCUGUUCCACAGGAUAGUGAAGGACUUCAUGAUACAAGGAGGAGACUUCAGUGAAGGAAAUGGCAGAGGUGGUGAAUCCAUAUAUGGUGGUUUCUUUGAAGAUGAAAGCUUCUCAAUGAAACACAACAAGGACUUCCUGCUGUCAAUGGCAAACAGAGGGAAAGACACCAAUGGCUCACAAUUCUUUAUAACUACAAAACCAACUCCUCACUUGGAUGGAAUUCAUGUGGUGUUUGGUCAGGUGAUCUCCGGCCAGGAGGUGAUCCAGAUGAUCGAGAGUCAGAAGACAGACCCCAACAGCCAACCCUACGCCGAGGUCAAAGUGCUCAACUGUGGAGAACUAAUUCCAAAAUCUAAAGCAAAGAAAGAGAAGAAACAUCAGUCUUCCGUUGAGAGUGACGGCGAGUCUUCCUCAGACAGCUCCACAGACCCAGAGGAGAAUCAGAAGGAUGAGAAGAAACACAAGAAAGAACACAAGAAAAAGGAACAAAAACACAAGAAGAAAGAAAAGAAGGGGUCUGAAGAGGAAGAGGCUGAUGCCCAACCAAAGUCAUCCAUCCGCCCUGAGGAAGUCCCACAUGUUCCAGAAAACCGCUUCCUAAUGAGACGAAGCCCCCAGAAGGCCAAAGAAGAGGAGCGAGGCAAAGAACAGCGCAAGGAGGACUCUGGGAGAGAGAGGCAGAGAGAGAAAGAGAGAGACAGGGAGAGAGAAAGAGAAAGAGAGAGACCUAUGGCGAACUCUAGGCCAACUCGCACAAGACUGGUGAUGACCAGGUCAGGGCGAAGAAUUAAAGGAAGAGGUCCCAGGCGCUAUCGGACGCCAUCUCGAUCACGUUCACGGUCAUGGGACCGGUUUCGACGCAGUGAGACACCUCCACACUGGCGGCAGGAAAUGCAAAGGACACAGAAAGCUAAAGCCAACACCUCCACCCAAGAACGAUGGAUCAAAGGCGACAAAGGGGACAUGUCAGAAGAAAAGACUGAAGCCACCGAGCCAGCUGUCAAAGAGAACAAAUCAGCAGGACAGGAAGAAGCAAAAAAAAACUCUGACAGAGACAAGAAAGAAAAACGCAAUAAAUCGCACAGUCCUUCCAGAGGAAGAGAGAGGAAGAGGGAGAGACAUUGCUCGAAGAGCAGAGACAGGGACACUCGCAAAAAGACUGAUGCGGAUGGAGAAAAGACGAAAGCUCGCAGCCGAAGCAAGAGUAAAGAAAAGAAGAGAGAGAAGGAUGAAAAGAGCGGCAAUGCAGAUGACAAACUGGGACGCUCGAGCAGCAAAGACAAAGACACCAAAGAACGAGACAAGAAAGAACAAGACGACAAGAGCAAGGAAAGGACCAAACAAUAUUCCGAAGGUAAUGAAAAGGAGAAAAUGAAGGAGGUGGAAAAGAAAAAGAAUGGAGAGCAGCGACGCGACAGAUCGGAAAGCAGAGAAAAGGGCCACAAUGCCACACGGAGGUCCCGCUCGAUGGGGCGUGGCCAACGUGGCCAAUCACGUGACAGUGGGCGCAUCAGACAUCACAGCAGCAGCCGAGACCGAAGAUCAUCUCGCCGGUCCAGAAGCAGAGAGCGAGACCGGACUCGGGACCGUAGAAGAGAUGCAGAAGACAGAAAUAGGAAGAGUAUGGAUGAGUCGAAGAGCAGAGAGACCAGAGGGAGAGACAGGGGCUCGAAAGAAUGUUCCUCACAGAGACAUCGGAGCAAAGAUAUGGAUGAUAGACAGAGCAGCAGCAGGAAAAGGAAGAAGAGCCACAGUGGAAGCAGUGAUUCUGAGAGCGAUGGGGAUAAACAGAAGAAAAGAAAAAGGAGUGAGAGCCCAAAAUCAAAAGAGAGGGCAAAGGACAAAUCGAAAAGCCCAAGAAAAGACGCAAAGUAAAAGGACUCUAGUGACAGUGAUUGAGAUUCUGCAUGUACUUAAUUUUAUUCAUGUUUUGCUGUACAGUGAUCGAGGCAAAGAGACUUGGUGUAUUUUAGUCAUCGUGUAAACUGGACAUGCCCUGGUCCUAAAUUCCUGCAUAUUUUUCUUCUCGACUUGAUACAGAUGGCAAAAUCCUAAUUUGUUGCUUUUGUCUUUUCAUUUGUGUUCUCUCAUUUUCAUCACUCAUAUCCAGUCAUAACUAACGUUUAGUGAGGAGGAUAAAAGUUCCUUAUUAAAAAUGGUUGCUUAAAAAUUUUUUUCUCUGAAGUUUCUGUCUUGACCUGUUUUUUAAAAGGGGUUUGUUGGGGACAUGAUUGGAAUUUUGUAAGGGCUUUAUGUUUGUAAAGAGAUCACAUUUGACAUUGUAGGUUCUGUUGAAUUUGAGAAAUAAAAUCGAUACUGAAC